AGGGUGAUGCACCAUCCACAUUGGCACGUGUACCAGAUUCAAAAAUGCACUUGUGCUACACAUAAACCGGGCCGGGUUGUUUAUUUUACAGCUAAUAAAAAGUUUUUUUUUAAACAAAUUUGCAGUAAAUUGCAAAUUGAAUCUAUUUCUUAUGGAAGAGAAAGUGUAGGGAUUAAUCAGUUCACGUGUCUCCCUCCAUUAUCUCCAGCAGGUUGUCUUCUAGUCUGGUCAAAAAGACAGGCUAAAUUAAUUAUAAAACAGAUAAUACAAGAAUAUGUCCAUUUGUGAUGAUAUCAGCGAAUUUUUGGAUUUGCUGAAGACGUUGAGAUUUGUUGAUGACAAACUGGUCAAUCGUCUCAAUACCACAAUACCCACAGAAUCGUUCUCUGCCAAAGUAGACGCUCAAGUCAAUUGCAAGGAUUUAUUCCUCCAGCUCGUCGCAAGUCACGCCAAUCGCAACCAAGCACUAGGACAAUGUUUAACUCUAUCCUCUGAGAAAUUACAAAACUUUAAAGAACAGAAAAAGUCAAAUCCAAAUGACCUUAAAAAUUUAAGGCUGCUUCGUACUGAACAAACAAAGUUCAGAGAACUUCAAACCCAGAUGAAUGUCGAAGAGGUUAUUCAGGAGAGAAGCUUAAGAAUUUAUCACGAACGAUGUCGGGCUUUCUACAAACCGGGAGACAAUUGACUAUAAAACACUCACUCAUGUAGCGAAACCUGGCAUUGUGUUCACCUUUGUGCAUGCAUUCAUAAGUGCUACGACCAUAUAGUGCCAGUCCAGAUUUUAUAAUAAUCUAAUUAAUAGUCGUGAUUCAUGAUCAUGUAGUACUGCUAGUUGUUACUAAUAAUAAAAUGAAAAGACUGUUCUUUUGACACUUCUCGUAAA